AUCAGAGGAAUCAUGAACGAGCCAUUCAGAAGGCUGAAGACCCAAACAGAAGACACAAUAUUCGGAGAAACACUAGAGGAAAGGACCCGACGGCAAUGAAUAAUAUUAACCCCUGUAUUAAACCGUGUCAUGCUGAGCCGCACCUUUGACAAAACAUGAAGAAUGUGAGAAUUAAUAGGUGGCUUGAAAGCCUCACUGUCCUUUUUCCCUUAAGGCGGUAUUUUCCCCUGGAAUAUAAUUGAAGUUUUGAAGACGACAGUAAAUAAACAAGGAGUCAGCGUUCUCCUCUGACGGGAAAUAGAUUCGAAUGACCGGAAGUCUGUCAGCUUAUCCGCUCCGUAGCGUGAACGAUAGCAGAUCUGGUGGCGAUUUGCGAGCUGUCGGUUUUGCAGCCUUGGACGAAACAGAAGAGCCAAAAAUACCUGUUUCAUACUAUCCUUGAAGAGGAAUUGUCCUUUCUCGGCGUUGGCUUAUCUUUAACACUUGGAUUUUUAUCCACGGACUGUCCUUCUUGGGACAAUUUGAUCAGCUGGUUGAUUCUUUUCUUUUUGUUAACUCUCUGAAGCCCAACGGUUUUGAAGCCAUGUCCCAGAAGCUCACGUCUGAUGAUGCUCAGAAAGGCUUUGCUGUAGGCCGUGGGCUCUUGGCUGCAGCCGAAACUUUAAAUUAUAGCAUGGGUGAAUCUCACUCUGAUUCCUACGGCUCCUCCUCCCAACAACUUGGUGGAAUGGUGGGCUUGGGCGGAGGGGACGGACAAGAUCAAGACUCUCAGCUGCCCCGCCGUGUGGGCAGCCACCUUAGCAAUACUAUGAAGCUGUUUGCUAGCCUUGGUCUCUCACCAACCGACCUGGAUGAGCUGGCACAGGUCCCAGAGGAAAACAUCAGCGUGGACACACUGCCCCAUCUUAUCAUGCAACUUAAAAAUCGUAAGGUGGAGGCUAGUCGGCAUCUGACUGGUGACCUGCCAUCGCUCUCCCCAGACACCUCAUACAGAGGAGGCCGUGAUGACUGGGGAGACAUGCAGGGAGGACGACUGGACCGUUCUGUGGGGCAGAGUCAGAGCCGCACUUCCCAGAGCAGUUUUGGCUACGGUUCCAUGCAAGACGUCUCUUCACGUGGUUACGAUAUGCUAGAUUAUGGCAGCGGCAACAGCAGCAGUAGAGAGCGCCAGUAUUCUGAGCUUUCCACUGACCAUUAUCGUGGCCUUGGCAUGGGCUCAUCUUCAACCUCUGAUGACUUCUUUAUGCAGCGAAGGAUGGGAGCCCCUUCUCAGGGAAAAAUACAGGAUUUCUUGGGAGUCAUGCCGCAAAUGUUUCCUCAUGUGUGCUCCCUUUGUGACUUUGAUGUACAUUCUGCCAUGGAAUGGACUCAACACACAACUGGAAUGCUGCAUGCCGAAAACAGGAGAGUCCUCCUGCAGUUGUAUCCAGAUUGGGAUCCUCAUAUGCCCUCUGGACGAAUGUCAGGAUCCAUGGCCCUGGACACAAAGGGGCGAUCAGAAGGACUACUUGGGGCUGCUCCAUCUGGUGGUAUGAGGCCGAGAACAGGGAUGAGUUCAAAUUGGGGAUCUGAUUCUGGCAUGGGUAUGGCAAGCAAAAUGCAGUCAUAUUCUAUGACACCAAAGGUGAGAAGCAGGGUAGUAGUAGUAAAAUAUGAGCGGAAGCCAGUGUUAUCCAACCUGUUUGCUCUGGCCAGACCAUUUGGCACCAUCCGUGAACACCUUGUACUCAAGAACAAGGCCUUUCUGGAGCUGCACACUCAUGAGGAGGCUUUGGCAAUGUCUAAUUAUUAUCAAAAGAAGCCUGCCACUUUGCAUGGGAAGGAUGUACAUAUUUACAUAUCCAAGGAACUGCUGGUAAUUGAGAAAGGUGACAGACCAGACAGAGACAGUAGAAAUGUAAAGGGGGGAACCAGCUCAGUGGUGUUCUUUUCCAAUGUGCCAAAAGACAUUGAGAAGAAAACGGAGUUGCUCACGAUAUCACGUCGAUUUGGCACAGUUGAAAAACAUCUUUUCUUGAAUAAAGAGGCAUUUGUGCAAAUGAGCAAUGCAGAGGAUGCAGAGAUGUUGGUGAAGUACUACACUCUUAAUCCAUUGACUAUUGGCCGUAGGUCCAUCCGUCUAAACAUCUGCACAAAGUACAAGACAUUAACGGUUCCACCUGGCAAGGGAGACCUACCAAGAUAUGAUGGAGAUGAAUCCAGUCGCAAGAGCAGCAGCAGUAGCAGAACAGGUUCCAAAACUGCAUCCAAAUCUCCAAGGUCCACAAGCUCCAAAUCUAAAGAGUGCUCAUCUGAAAAGACAGAAGAGCCAAAACCUGAGAAGGAAGACAAAGAAGUCCUUCCAGAAGGAUCUGGUGAUGAAGGGGAAGGUGUUGUGGAGGCUCAUGAUGAAGAAGAAGAAGAGGCCUUUGAUGAAGGUCCCAGUAUAGAGGAAACAAACUUUACAUCUGAGGCUGAGGAAGCCAGUGCAGAGCAGCCAGAUCCAGAAGUCCCACUGGAGUGUGGGGAUUCAGCAUUGGAGCCAGCAGAAGAUGACAUGCAUGAUGCUGAGGGCCCUGAGAUGCCUGAGGAGGCAGACUUGGAGCAGGAGGCUCCAUUAGAAGAAGCAGGUGAACCUGAGGCAGACCAAGAGAACACUACAGAGGAGCUCAAAGAUAGAGAGGAGGGCCAGGAUGAUGUGGAACAAGCUGAGGGUGAUAAUAAGAAUGAGGACUUCGGUGAACUGGAAGGGCUUGAAGAAUCUGAUUUCCCUGAAAACAUGGAUGAGUUUGUGACUCUGGAUGAGCUCGCAGAAGAAGAAGAGGCUGAAAGGCAGGACUCAAAAUCUAGAGAUAAAAACUCUUCAGGUAGAUCAAGGGAAAGUGGUGACUUGAGAGUCGUCAAUGUUGUUGGAUUUAAACGUGGUUAUGGGUAUCUUGAUGAGAUCUUGUCUUUGGCCAAGCCCUUUGGUAAAGUGGUGCGACACCUGGUCCUGAAUGUGAGACCUGAGGCCUUUCUGGAACUUUCCAGUGAGCAAGAAGCUAGAGCCAUGGUUCGUUUCUACAAUGGAAAUGUCAUGCCGUCUGUUUGUGGAAAAGCAGUGAAAAUUUAUCAUUCGCAGAUCUACCCAACCAUCCAGAACGGCAAAGUUGUUUACGUUGGACAUAUUCCACCCUUUAAAACAUCAGAUGCCUCCCUUCUGAAAAUUGCAGAGCCAUUUGGGAAAGUUAGACGUUACUUUUUGAACAGGGCACGCAAUGAGUGUUUCAUUGAGAUGGAGAGGGGUGAGGAUGCUGAGAGAUUUGUUGAGGUCUCCAAAGAUAAUCCACCGAAGUUUCAAGGCAAACGGCUAGUUGUCUACAUUAGCAGAAAGUACAAACAACUCAAACAUGGACACAGACCUCCAACCCCUGAGCCAGAAGACAAACGUCCAUCCAAGAGGGAGCGUUCUGAAGAAGUGGAAUCCCAAGAAAGCUCCCCAGUCAAAACUAAUACCAAGCAGGAAGAGGAGCCACCGACUAAGAAGAUGAAAGAGGAGACAUCAAGCAUAGAUAAAGCCGAGAGCGAAUCAGUAGAGGAAAAGCAGGAGGAGAACGAAAACAAGGCUGUCCCUAGCGAGAGCGCACCAGAAGUAAAGAAAGAGAGCACAGAUGAAAACAUCACAGAUACAACUGAGGCUCAGGAGAUGGACUCGAAACCGCUGACGGCUGAGAAUGACGAUUCUGCUGCUCCCUCUCCUGCAUCUUGUGUGCCUCAGAAAAGCCAGGAGACUAAUGAACCCCCUACCAUUCCAGCACAAUCUGUGAAAAAAACUGAAACCACUCUAGGCCCUCUGGGCCCCUAUGAACCAAAUACCCCAGUGGGUGUGGAGUUUGUGAAGAUGGGAUACUACUGCAGAGUCUGCUUCCUUUUUUACUCCAAUGAGGAAACUGCUAAGAAGGUUCACUGCAGCAGCCAGGCACACUACGACAAACUUAAGAGACACCUGGAAAAAGAGAAGGCCAAAGCACAGAGUAAUGCUGGGAAGAACUGAGUUAUGGGGAAGGAUUGGUCCUGUACAGUAUUUCAUCGUGCAUGAGCCAUUGUCAUGUAGUCCAUGAAUGUGUUUGAAUGUGAACUAAGUUUGAAUCAUUUGGUCAUUUACCUUCUUUUUAUUUGAAGUUUUAGGUGUUAGUCCAGAAAAAAAAGUUUUUUUUUUUUACCUAAUAUGAAUCCUAAAAGAGAGCCCUUUCAUACCUUCUUUGCUGUUAUUGUUGCUUUCUUUGCAUUUCCUGGUUGUGAUCGAUUCAAUGCUAAAGAUAUACUGACAAUAAAGCAUUGUUUUACAGUGA